UUGUAUUGUGCUUGUAUUCAUCAUUUAUACAUAUAAAUUCAAGAUGGAGACUGAAGACUUCAAAUCAUUGUUGCAUGUGUCUCCGGCACUCACCAAUGAUAUGCUCAGUAAAGCUCUGUCGGAGUGGUUUCACACAAACAUACAAUUUACACAUUGGGAGUAUGUCAGUGACACUGGCAAAGGCGACUCAUACUUGAGCGAAGUAAUCCGAAUUCGGAUCUAUGGCGAUUCUAAUGGCGUACCCUACCAUGUUCAAGUGAUUUUAAAAAACAUGCCCAAAAACGUUUGCAGGCGUCUGACAUUUAGAAGUGACGAAUUCUUUAAAAAUGAAAUCAAUUUCUAUCAAAAAGUUCUCCCAACUCUAAUUAAGUUCCAAUCAAAGAAAAGGGUUUCUGAUCCCUACACUAAUUAUGCUAAAUUGUUUUACGCGUAUACAGAUGGUUUGAAUGAUGUCAUAUGUCUCGAAGACGUUGGUUUAGAGAAUUUUGGAGCUGCCGUUCGACAAGAGGGAAUAGAUUAUGACCAUUGUAAGGUUACCCUUAAAGCAUUAGCUAAGUACCAUGCACUAUCAUUCGCUCUUAGAGAUCAAGAGCCGGAGACGUUUAAUAGAAUAACCGAUGCCAUCUUCGAAACGUAUUACGAUCCAAGACUUUCGGAUUGGUAUGGAAGAUUCUGGAACAGGAUAAGCGGCAUCGCUAUCGACGCAGUUGAAAAAGAAUACCCAGACUCAAUAUACGUGGAAAAAAUUAAGGAAUUCGCUGUACCAGAAAGAUACGAAGACAUGAUAAGGGCGGUUAGAGACAAAACAAAUGGUGUAAUAUCUCAUGGCGAUUCGUGGACAAAUAAUUUCCUGUACAAAUACCAAGAUGGUCAACCAAUCGACGCGAAAAUAAUUGACUUUCAACUAACUAGAUGUGCCAGUCCAGUAUUAGAUGUAUCUUUCGUUUUUUACGGCUGUACAGACAAAGAAAUGAGAUCGAAUUGUUAUGAUGAAUUAAUAAAGUAUUAUUAUGAAGUACUUUCCGAACAGGUAAGGGAGUUGGGCAGUGACCCUGACAAAGUGUAUUCCUUUGACACAUAUAUGCAAGAAAUAAAGAAGUAUUCCUACUUUGGUUUGGCGUUUAGUUUUGAAUCGACACCGUUUAUUAUUUUGGCGCCAGAGGAUGCUAUUUCUAUGGAAAUUGAGGGUGACACAAAGAAAAAUAUUGAUGAUUUUUGGCAAAUAAAACCAUUUAAAACUAAAGCAGGGAGGCAGAGGGAGGCUAACAAUAUAGUACAUUGCAUUGACAAAGGAUACAUAUAAUGAAGUCUUGACGUAUAAUUGCGUUCAACGAAAGGAGACACCAGACGUAAACAAACCAAAUAUCAAUUCAUUCGCAAAAACAAAGGGCCGUUCAAAUGUUUUCAAACCUAUCUAGUCUCGUUUGACCUUGCCUGUCCCAAACAAGAUAGAAAAAGAUAGACUAUAUUUUGUUUGUUCCGUCGUCGCUACGAAUAAAUUAUGGGCAUUGUUUACAUCUGGAAUGAACUAUAGUUAGUUACUUUAAUAAAAAAAAAUGCAAUGCAAUAUAAACGUA